AUGGCGAUGCAGGAGAGCAAGACUGAGCCUCGUGUCCAAUCAAACUGGCCACCACACCUGUCCGAGCCAGAAUCCUGCCUUCUAGAUGCUCAGAUCUCCAAUUCAUCGACUACCAAGGCUACAUAUCUCGGUCUGUUCCGCUAUGCAACUUGCAAAGAUGUCGCUGUCAUCUCCAUCAGCGCCUUAUGCUCCAUCGUUGGAGGCGCAACGUUGCCUGUGAUGAAUCUUGUCAUCGCAUCCAUAGCUGGGAAUUUCUCGAAGUACUACCAAGGCCAGACCUCGAAUUUCGCUUCAGAGAUGGCUCGACUGACGCUCUACCUCCUCUACCUUGCUAUUGGACAAUUCUUCACGAUAUCGGCGAGCAUUCUCGGGUUUACGUACACUGGCGAGAAGAUCACCGGGCAGAUUCGCUACCAUUACCUGGCGAGUUUGCUAAGGCAGAAUAUUGCAUACUUUGACAACAAUGGCGCUGGAGAGGUUACGACUAGGAUAACAAGUGACACGAAUAUGGUGCAAGAGGGCAUAUCGGAAAAGCUGGGGAUGUCUUUGAAAGAACUUUCCACCUUCGUCGCAGCGUAUGUCGUCGGCUUUGUAAUAGAUUGGCGGUUGACGUUAGUCCUCACCUCGACCGUGAUUGCCAUCUCAGGAAUUCUUGGUGGGCUGAGCCAGUUCGUGGUGAAGUGGAGUAAAAAGUCUUUGGCUUGUUAUGCUGAAGGGGGCUCUCUUGCCGAAGAGACCAUGGGCCCUAAUUCGAUCCGCAAUGUUCUGGCGUUCAGUCUGCAAGACACGCUGGGGAGACAAUAUGAAGGGCAUCUGAAGAUGGCAGAGAAAUUCGGCUUCAGGAUGAGAAGCGCAAUUGCUGCCAUGGCUGGCUUCCUCAUGUUCUGCAUUUAUUCGACAUACGCACUUGCAUUCUGGCUUGGAAGCCGAUACCUAGUCAGUGGGCAAUCGACAUUGCCUCACAUCUUAACUGUGCUACUUUCAAUCAUGAGUCAGUCUCGAAGGCCAUUUUACGGCUGCAUUUGCUGAUUUCCUUCAACAGGCGGCGCCUUCGCUCUUGGGCACGCGGGCCCUAAUCUGCAGGCUUUCACGACAGCCACCGCGGCGGCCGCCAAGAUCUACAGUACCAUAGACCGCCAGUCUCCCAUGGAUCCAGCCUCUAUAGACGGUCUGAACAUCUGUCCGCACGCCCUCCGCGGCGCCAUUGAGUUCCGUGGCGUUAAGCAUGUGUACCCUGCCAGACCCGAUGUCACAGUGUUGCACGACCUCAACCUCAUGUUUCCGCCGGGCAAGACAACCGCGAUAGUUGGUUCUUCAGGUAGCGGAAAGUCUACCAUCAUCGCUUUGUUGCAACGCUUCUACAACCCCGUCGGCGGACAGGUGCUUCUUGACGGGCUCGAUCUUCGUGAAUUCAACAUCCGUUGGCUUCGGCAGCAGUUUGGGUUGGUCUCGCAAGAGCCCGUCCUCUUCGACACUUCAGUAGCAGAAAACAUCCGGUUUGGCCUCAUCGGUUAUGGUUUCACAGACAGUGAAUUAGAACCCGUCAUAUCCGAUGCCGAAGCCAUGGAGUUGAUCGAACAAGCUGCUAAGAUGUGCAAUGCAGACGAGUUCAUUCGACGGCUCCCCAAUGGAUACCGUACCAACAUUUCGGGGGCUUUACUGUCUGGUGGACAAAGGCAGCGCAUUGCCAUUGCUCGGGCCAUAGUAGCCAAUCCAAAGAUCCUUCUACUCGACGAAGCGACGUCAGCGCUUGACAACAAAAGCGAGAAGGCCGUUCAGGCUGCCUUAGAGAAUGCCGCAAGAGGGAGAUCUACCGUCAUUGUGGCACAUCGACUGAGCACCAUACGAGGUGCGCACAACAUUGUGGUAAUGGAUGGAGGCCGCGUGGUCGAGCAAGGCACCCACGAGAAUUUACUGCGACAGCAAGGAGUCUACCAUUCUCUCGUCAGAGCGCAGCUGCAGGAAGGCUCAGAGGUCCAUCAAGAGCCAGAGUCUCUCGACAUCUUGCAGGAGGCGAAAGGAGACUAUUCCGUCAAAGAAUCGCCAAGCCGAUUCUCGUCCGAUUUCGACCCCGAAUCGAAGGCACCGCCAACUUGUGGCUCUGCGCCUUCAGAGCAGCCUUCACUCUGGUCUGUGAUGAAAUUUGUGGCUUCUCUGAAUCAGCCCGAACGGCGCGUCAUGCUUCUAGGUCUUGUUUCAUCCAUCUUCUGCGGCGCUGGUAAUCCCAUGCAGGCCAUCUUCUUCGCAAAGUGCAUUGCUGCGCUGUCGCUUUCGGCGGACCGCUUCGGUGAGCUGCGAUCCCAGGUCGAUUUCUGGACCGGCAUGUUUCUUAUGUUAGCGCUGGUCGAGCUAUGCUUCCAUCUAUUAGCAGGCAUCUCGUUUGCUUGGUGCAGCGAAAAGCUCGUCUUGCGUGCGCGCAUGCAGUCCUUUCGCAGUAUGCUUGGGCAAGACAUGGCUUACUUCGAGGAACACUCUGUCGGCUCUCUGACCUCCUUUCUGAGUACGGAGACGACACAUCUAGCAGGCAUCUCCGGUGUGACCUUGGGAACGAUCCUCAACGCUGCAUCGACGCUUGCAAUUGGUUGCAUCAUUGCAGUAGCAAUUGGAUGGAAGCUUGCACUAGUAUGCGUAGCUACAACGCCGAUUGUCUUGGGAUGCGGUUACUUGAGAUUCUCGAUUCUCAGUCGGCUACACUCCAGCGCCAUGGCAGCUCAAAGUGUAUCUGCUUCGUAUGCCUGCGAAGCCAUCUCCGCCAUUCGCACCGUGGCCUCGCUGACUCUCGAAGCGGAGAUCACCAGACGCUACCACGAGCAACUCGUCGAGCAGGCCCGGAAAAUCAGGUCCAUCGUUUGGACGAGUGCUCUUUUUGGAGCCUCGGAGGGCCUCAUGACGCUCUGCGUGGCUUUGGGGUUCUGGUAUGGCGGCAAGCUGAUCGGCGAAGGCGAGUACUCGGUGUUCCAGUUCUUUGCCGCUUUUAUGGCGGUGGUGUAUGGCUCGGAAGCCGCUGGCACCGUUUUCAGUUUCGCUCCCGAUAUGGCAAAGUCCCGGGGUGCCGCUGUCGAGGUCCAAAAGCUCCUGAAGCGCAAAGCUCCCAUCGAGAGUUCCGCUGGUGAGCCCGUCCAUGAUGUGCAAGGGCAGAUAGAAUUCCGCAACGUGCACUUUCGAUAUCCAACGCGGGACGAGCUGGUCCUCAAGGGCUUGGAUCUGAACAUUCAACCAGGCCAGUACGUCGCUCUCGUCGGUCACUCGGGCUGUGGCAAGUCGACGACCAUUUCGAUGCUGGAAAGAUUCUACGACCCGUUGAUCGGUCAAGUGCUAUUGGACGGCAAAGACAUCUCCACGCUCGACGUCAAGACCUAUCGCAGCCACUUUGCCUUGGUCUCACAGGAGCCGCGACUCUACAAAGGGACGAUUCGAGACAACAUCGUACUCGGAAGUGACGAGAGCCAGUGCAAAGAGGAAGACAUCAUUCGAGUCUGUCGAGACGCCAACAUCUAUGACUUCAUUGUGUCGCUGCCCAGCGGGUUCGAUACGGAUGUUGGAAGCAAAGCGAUCAUGCUCUCCGGUGGUCAGAAGCAGCGCAUUGCGAUUGCUCGGGCACUUUUGCGGAAUCCUCGUAUAUUAUUGUUGGACGAGGCGACAUCUGCAAUUGACUCGGUAUCCGAGCAGGCGGUCCAGGCUGCGCUGGACAAUGCCUCCAAAGGUGAGAUUCGCCCCAGUCACUAUCACAACCGCCUCAUAUGCUGACUCUCAACUCCAGGCCGUACGACUGUAGCAAUCGCUCACCGACUCUCUACAAUCCAGAAAGCUGAUGUCAUCUAUCUCCUGGACCGUGGACGCGUAGCAGAGUGCGGAAGCCAUGCGGACCUGAUGGCCAAAAGGGACAAGUAUUUCGAGCUCGUUCAAUCACACGCCCAACAGCAAGUACCGUAG